UCUGCUGUGACGUUACAACCACCAGACUCGCACUGUUUUGAUCCGACAGCUGAUUUUGAAACCGGAAGUGCCGAAGAGCUGAGCCGGAAGUCAGAGAUAAAGGCUUAGAUACGCGAAGGGAGGAAAAGGGUCGAGGGUUGCCAAGCAUAUCUGAGAUUUCCAGGACACCCAAAGAGGAUCACUGGGGGCAUAGACAGUGCUGUGUGGCAAGAACAGUGCUCCAGUCAAUCUAAGGUCACAUUUGGACUCCCUUCUUUCUUCCCACGAGACCUGUAUCAAUAAAGCUGUUCAUCUGGGAUCAGAGGCCAAACAUUCAGUGGCAGAGAAGAUUCUGCUUAUCCCAUACAUAAGAAAUGUAGUGUGGAUGGGAAUGAAACAUUUCCACUGGGCAUGAAGAUAGUAUAAUAGCUAUGUUUCAGGAGCAAGUAUUGACCAGGGUUCUGGCUGCACGAAAUGAAAUCUGAAACAAUGGAGGACAUGGACAUAUCUGAAACACAGUGGGGCUGGUUUUAUUUAGCAGAGUGUGGCAAGUGGCAUAUGUUUGAGACCAGCACUAGCACACAAUGCUCAGUCAGCAGUGAUCAAAUUGAGCAGCUGUAUAAAAUGAAUCCCCUUGGAACGCUUAAUUUUACUACUGCAAAGUUUAACUAUGUUCUCAGUUUUACAGAGAUGACCCAGACCAACCUGUGUACCUGGAAAAAAAGGCCAGUCAAAAGAGCUCCAUUUUCUCUCACAGCAUUCAGUUAUAUAUGUGACAAUGGUUCUAUUCCGCUGCCAUCACACUGGGAGCAUGUAAACGACUCUGAACCCUAUCAGCUUGUUCCAUUACUAAGUAUUUCUAACGAAUACAGUGAAGUUGCUAGCCGCUUCGGUAAAACCAUGGAUAGGAGCUGCAUUAAAAGCGUUCAUAGGGUUCAGAACCUUGAUUUGUGGGAGUUUUACUGCAGGAAAAAAGCUCAGCUGAAAAAGAAAAAAAGAGUUUCGGAAAUAAAUGAAGAAAUGCUAUUUCAUGGCACUGACACUGCAUUUGUAGAUGCAAUAUGCAUUCAUAAUUUUGACUGGAGGAUAAAUGGCAUGCACGCUGCUGCCUAUGGAAAAGGGACAUAUUUUGCAAGGGAUGCAUCGUUAUCAAGCCAGUUUUGCAAAAACAAUGGAAAACACGGAGAUACACUGCAAAGCCAUGGUAUUGACUUGAAUAGGUGUUCUUCGUGGUCGAAAAAAUGUAUGUUUCUUGCCAGAGUACUUGUCGGGGACUAUGCUGUUGGGAACUCAAAGUACAUUCGACCUCCUUCAAAAGACGGCACUUUGGUAAACUUAUAUGACAGCUGUGUCGACGACCCAUUCUGUCCCCGCAUUUACGUCAUAUUUGACUCCACCCAGAUUUACCCAGAGUACAUCAUACAAUUCGCUUAGUUGAUAUCUGCAGCCACCUUCUUACCAGUCGAUUGCACUCAUUACAAGUUGUGAAAAGUA